ACAAUUCGUCGCGGUUCCGGCGGCUGCUGCCGCGGUGCAUCUUGAAGUUGUUCCUGUUGGUUGUGGUCCAGCGCAGCUCGGGUUCGGCGAGGAGGAAGAGGAUUUCCGCCUUUCUGGCGGGUUGACUGCGGUCCGUAUCCGCGUCUCCCCGGACGUGGUGCUUCCGGCGUCUCUGGUGUGCGCCGGGGAAGGUCUUCUUUCUAAGGAUCCGUUCUGCCUUCCUGAGGAAAACUGGAAGCAGAAAGAAUGGUGACUGACUGUUUGACACAUCGUUCCCAGGAUUCCAUGACCUUUGAUGAUGUGGCUGUGGACUUCACCCAGGAGGAGUGGGCUUUACUGGACCUAACUCAGAGAAACCUAUACAGAGAUGUGAUGCUGGAGAACUACAAGAACCUGACGACAGUAGGUUAUCAGUUGUUCAAACCCAAUCUGAUUUCUUGGUUGGAACACAAAGAAGAUUUGAGGACAGUGGAGAGAGGAGUCUGCCAAGAAUGGGAAAUGCAGCUUAAAGCCAAAGACUCAACAAUUCCUCCACAGGAUAUUUUAGGGGCAAAAACAUCCAAUGGGAUAAAAACGGAAAGAAGCCACAGUGGAUGGGAACUCUGUGAAUGUAAGGAACAUGGAAAAGAGUUCAGUGAACAAUCAUGCCUUAAGACACAGAGAACUCCAAAUGGAGGAAUCAUUUAUGAGGAUGAUCAGUAUGGAAAAAGCUUCCUUACUCUGCACAAGAGAUCCUCUACUAGAGAGAAACUUUCUGUGUUUAAUGAGUGGGGAAAGACUGUCAGCUUGACUCCAAAUAUUGUGUCUUGGAAAACUAGCAUGGAAGAGAAAGCCUUCAAAUGCAGUGGCAGUGGGAAAGCUUUUGUUAAUCAGUCUUACUUUCAGGCAGAAAUGAUAAGUCACAAUAGAGAAAAACUCUAUGAACGGAAGGAAUGUGGAACAGCUUUUAUUCACUCCACAAGCUUUGGUGUACAGGUGCAAGUUCAAACUGGUAAGAAACGUUACGAAUGUAAGGAAUGUGGGAAAAGUUUUCAGUAUUUUGUGUGCUUUAAAAUUCACAUGGGAAUCUACCCUGGAGAGAAACGCUAUAAAUGUAAGGAAAUUAGGAAAGCCUUAAUUAGCUCUUCUAACCUUGCUAAACAUGUAAAAUCUCAUACUGGAGAGAGGUCCUUUGUAUGUAAGAAGUGUGGAAAAUCCUUUAGAAGUUCUUCAUACCUUAAUAUUCACAUUCAAAUUCAUGCUGGAAUACACCCCUAUAAAUGUAAGGAGUGUGGUAAAGUCUACUCUGCAUAUUCAAGCCUAACUAAGCAUGUAAAAACACAUACUGGAAAGAAGCCUUUUGAAUGUACUGUGUGUGGGAAAGCAUUUGCUGAUUCUUCGUGCUUUGUCAUUCACUUUCGUACCCACACUGGAGAGAGACCCUAUGAAUGUGAGGAAUGCGGGAAAUCUUUCACUGUUUCCUCAGGCUUAACUAGACAUGUAAGAAUCCACACUGGAGAGAAAUCCUAUGAAUGUAAGAAAUGCGGGAAAGCUUUCAUUUGUAGCUCAAAUCUAAGUCAACAUGUAAGAAUUCAUACUGGAGAGAAACCCUAUAAAUGCAGCGAAUGUGGGAAAGCCUUCAUCAGGCAUUCAGAUUUAACUAGACAUAAACGAAUUCACAAUAGAGAGAAAGCCUAUGAUUGCAAUGAAUGUGGGAAAACCUUCAGAAGGCAUGCAUACUUAACUAAACAUAAACAGAUUCAUACUGGAGAGAAAUCCUAUGAAUGUAUGGAAUGUGGGAAAGCCUUCACUGAUUCCUCAAGCCUAACUGGGCAUUCAAGAAUUCACACUGCAGAAAAACCCCAUAAAUGUAAGCAGUGUGGGAAGGCCUACGCUUUUUCGACAAGCCUAAGGAGACAUGAACGUAUUCACAUUGGAGAGAAACUUUGAAUGUGGUAAAUGUGGGAAAUUCUUUACUACUUCCACAUGUCUAAGUACACAUUUGAGAAUUCACAGUAGAGAGAAGCCGUUUGAGUGUAAGAUAUGUGGAAAAGCAUAUUGACGUUUGCCUUGACAUUUUGCAUCCAUGUGAAAACUCACACUGGAGAGAAACCCUAUGAAUAUAAGCACUGCAGGAAAGCCUUCACUAUUUCCUCAAGACUAAUUGAACAUCUAAGAAUUCACACUGGAGAGAAACCCUAUCAAUGAAAAGAAUGAGAGGACGACUUCACUUGGUCCUUGGUCAGUAAACACAUACAAACUCAGUGGAGGAAAGCCCUAUGAAUGUGAGGAAUGUGGAAAACCUACAGGUGUCCAUGUUUGCUUCAAAUACGUGAAAGAACUAAUACUAAUUAGAUGUCCCAGGAAUUUAAGCCAUAUGGGAAACCAAGCAGAAUCUACUACAACCCCACGUGUAAGGAUUCACACUGAAGCCACUAAAUGUACUAUGUAGAGCUCCAGUUUAUAGGGUGGUUCUGUACAUGUAGUUUGAACAUGUGCCAUUCUGCCUUUAUCAUUUUUCGGAAUGGUAUGGCUUUCAUUCUCAUGAUAGAAGUAUUAAGCUGGUGUAGUUUCUACACCUUCCAGGUUGCAGCUUGGCCGAAGAUGGUACUACCAGAUUUAGAGUUAGCUCAGUUGUCUUAUUAUUGCUGACUUCACGUAAGAUUGUGAAGAUAGUGACUACUUGAAUCAGUUCACUACUCACAAUCUACAGUGCCUCAUGCCAGUCAAGGUGGGGGAUAUAAUGUGUCUAUAAAUUAUCUAAAGAUGCUUUUGUAUCUCACACCUGAUCCUUUUGCAUAAAAGGUGAGGGUGCAAGCAAGAGAAAAGUUUAGAAAAAGUGAGGUUUUACCUAUUGGGACACACCAUGAUUUCAUGACUUGUGUGGGAGGACAACCACCUUAGCACCUGGGAGGACCUUCAAACUUAGGCUGUGCAAGAUGAGGAUGAGAACAAUGACUGUUCUGUUUCACCCCUGUGUCCAGCACCACAGCCUGGCACAACAAUCAUACUGUGUUUCCGGCUCAAGCAACAGCUGCUGCUGGUGAUCUCACUUGCUGCUUUGUUUGUCAAUCCAACUAUGUGCUGUGAAAAUGGAGAAACUCAUGUAAACUUGGCUGGUCCUGAUAAUCUGCUGUGCUUGCUGCCAUCACUGGCAGUUCCUGGAUGUGAACCUUGGUUGCAGACUCAAACCAGGGCAACUUCAUUGUAGCAUCAGUGAUACAAAUUCAUAUAGUUCUGGUGCUUGAGCAGCCUUGGUUACAUUAUGGUUGGCCAUCAAUGCUGCAGUUGCUUGCUGACACUUUUUUGAGGCGUAAUCAACAAUUCUAAUGAUAGUGCAAAUCAAGCUUAACAAAUCCUGAGCAGGAAAUACCUGUGCACCUUCAUCUCUCUUGCUCCUCAUCUUAUUGAGUAUGUGAAGAAUGCAAGACUGACUACUCUUCCCUGGGCCAUUUCUUACAAGUGUGUUUGCAGUGAGGAACCAUGAGAGAUGAGAUCAUCUCUCCCAUUGAGAUGAAGAGCAGACUUGCUUACUACUUAACAUAAACUAGGCUCCAAGUUUCAGCAUUAUUCUUCUUUAACAAAACAACGUGCAGACAAAUAUGAGGGCCCUUGCCAUCACCUCCGAGAGACUUGGGGACAAAAGUAACCAGUACAAGCUUGGUGAUGCUCAUGAUGCUGCCUAUACGGUGAGUUAAUUAAAUAUUUUGUCUCUGGCUUCAGUGUCUCAGCUUCUCUGCAAACAUUCAUGAAAUAGUGACAAGACAAUACUUGGAAGAAAGGGAUAAUCAAACUACAGGUCCAGCAGUUUUGUUUAUGAGAAUCGUAUGUUGAUAAGACAUGGCUUUCUGGAAGAGGAGGAACAAUGGCGGCCAGGCUAGAUGUGGAAACAGAAGGGUAUCUGCAACCUGGUCAUGAAAUCUUUUUCACCACAGAUUUCCUCAUGAUGUGUGUUAGAGGGGAGGGAUAAGGAUCUCUGCUGUCCUGCUUACUAAUGAAUCUUAUCAUUAAGUGCAUCAAUAAUUAUAUCAGCCUGGUUUUCCUUAAUUUCUUAAUCUUACUGGACCCUUAAUUUUUAAAUCUCAUUUUAUACAUAAUUAGUUUGGAGUUAAAAAUUUUUUAUGUAAAUGAAAUAUGGUUUUUAAAAUUAAUUUAUUUUUAAAUUGAAACUUUUAGUCCAUAAUAUAGUUACUAAUAAAUUUGGUUUUAUAUCUA